UUCUUCCCAGUUCCCAUCUCCAAAAACGCCAUCAAUAAUGUGUCCCCCCAAAAAUAAUUUUGAAGAGCAAAACUACCUGAAGGAGCGAGUUUAAGGUGAGGAGGUAGCCAUGGGAAGAACAAUGGCUUGGGCAGCAAGAUCAGAUCAUCUUGGAGGCAUUCCACGAAAACUUGUAAUCAUGGGUGUAGGAAGUUUUGCCAAAGUUGUUACUAGUCUUCUCAACUCAACUUCAGUACAAAAUCCGGAAACCCUAAUUCGUCUUGCUCGAUCUCGUCCUCAAGGUGUUCCACUCAUUACAGUCGGCAAUCACAUGUCCACGAUGGAUGAUCCAUUAAUGUGGGGAUUUAAGGGUUUCCCUACUACUGAUGCAAGAGUGCAACGGUGGGUUUUGGCUGCUGAAGAUAUUUGCUUCAGAAAUUCGAUGUUAUCAUACUUAUUCAGACUUGGUAAAUGCAUACCCAUAAAAAGAGGUGGUGGAAUAUAUCAGGAGCACAUGGAAGAAGCUCUUGAACGCUUGAGUGAUGGAGCAUGGUUGCAUACGUUCCCAGAGGGUAAAAUAUGCCAGGAUGAUGCACCUAUUAGACGAUUAAAAUGGGGAACCGCCAGUCUCAUUGACCGUGCACCUGUAACACCAAUAGUUUUGCCAAUCAUACAUCGUGGUUUUGAAGAGGUGCUGCCUGAGAAAUCUUUCUUCGGAAGACGACCUCCAGUCCCACUAUGGAACAAAGAUAUCAGGAUAAUUGUAGGUGAGCCCAUAGAAUUUGAUCUUCCCCAGUUGAGGCAGACGGCUAUAUCCAUGUCUCGAGGACAAUCCUUUGACGGUGUGGGUUGGCCUACCACUUCCCGCCAUGGUUUGAAUCAGGCGGCACAGAGAUGGCUUUACACAACAAUCUCUGAUAAGAUCCGUACUGUCAUGGAAGACUUACGUGGUUUUGGUAGCACAUUAUUUAAAUUGAAGGUAUGAUUAUUUACAUUUAAUAGUAAGGUCACUUUUUUGGUGAAGAUAAGCAAGUCUUAGCAUUGGCAACAUGUUACAUUGGGUAUUAAAGAUGAAUCCCUCUAUGUUUGGUUGAGGAUAGCAAUAUCCAUUGAGAAAAUCAACCAAAAAUUAUAUUCCCUUAUGAGGAACAACAUUUUUUUUGUAUAUCGGUCUCUGGAAAUUUAGUUUUUUGAAGAAUUAGAAA